AGGUGCUAAUAGGGUAGUUAUUUAUUCUAAGCAUAUGUUAGUUGAAAAUGCAAGGACAUUCUACAUCCGAUCUUUCCACUUUGCUCACUGCUGACCAAAGUGCUUACCCAGGACAGAAAUAUGUUGGGGCAUAUAAAGGAUUGGGUAUCACCCAAGUGGUUAUAGGAGCGUUGUCAGUUGUAACUGGUGUCGGAUCCAUAGCCAUAACAAACAUCAAUCAUAAUGGAUAUUAUUAUUAUGAGAUAGGAGAAGGCAUAUGGUGCGGAGCCAUCUUAAUAGUGGCGGGGGUACUUUCCAUCAUCUCCAGUGGAAGACCAACAGUUUGUUUGAUUUCCCUGUCACUGGCAGCAGCUAUCAUAGCAACAGCAAUUGGCCUGGCUUUGUUUGGCAUUGAGCUAUCAACAGUGCUGAGAAUCCUUCAGUAUAAUUACAACUACAACUCAUGGCUUGUUGAGUUGAUUAUUCACGGGGUGAUGGGUUUGCUUGGUUUCAUAGCGAUGAUCAUAGGUAUUGUGAUGGUGGUGUAUUGCAGCAAGGCUGUGUGUUGUGGCCGAGCGGUUUCAGCACCGAGUGCACAGACACAAGAAAUAACAUACGAUUACCGAAUACCUGGUUCUACUGCAACAAUCCCACAAACACAAGAUUACAACCAUGCACAAGCCCUCCCCACCUACAAUGAAGUUUACCCUGUAGUGACAGUCGUAUCAUCUGUUGCUGUCGGUCAGGAAUCAUGCGCAGAUAAUGAAACAUUAGCUUAAAGUUGAGACCUAAGUUGGGACUUGCGCUAAUGUUUAAUAUUGACGUACGUAAAGAUUGUCUAAGUUAUAUCUUCCCGAUUAUGUUGUUCAAGAGAAGAAUUUUAUUUAGGAUAUUAAUUAAUCACAUAUUCGCAAUUAUUUUUAUUUGUUUUAAUUUCUAAGUUUAUGAAAUUACUUUGAUAUGUGUUGUGCCAAUUAAGUUGUUAUUGUUCCAAAUUAUUAAAAACUUCUUCAGUGAAUAAUUAUGAAAUGUUUUGUUACCAUUAUGUUUCCUAUGCCAACUCCCUACACCUAUAUACAAUCCCCCCACAAAAUAUAUUCAUGCAACUUAAUCCAAAUAAUAUGCAUUUAUUCGAAAUGUUAAAAAAAGUUUAGUAAGUAAUUAUGUCCAAUUUCGAAUUGUUGUUUGUUUUAAAAAAUGUUUUUUUAAUUAGAGUACAUAGAGAUAAUAUACAUAUAUGUAAUAUCUAUGCAUAAAGCAUACAUGCUUCAUAUAUUUAAUAAGGGAUUUUUUCCCCAUCUACAGCAAACACUGUUUUCCAGUUUAAUAAUUAAUCCUAAAAUGUUCGUUUAAUUAUUGACAUACUUUCUAUGUCAAUAAAAAUUAAAUGAU